ACAUCAAUAAUGACUGGCAAGAUCUGUGGUGUGCUAAACAAACACAAGACUUCAAAUCCAAGAACCCCUGGUUGGGAUCCAAAAACAAAAAAAUGGGAUGUCUGGUCUGUAGCAGUGUGAACUCCAUUGGGAUCAACAAGGAGCAAGGUGUAUCACUCUCAAGAGAAUGGAUGAACUUUGAAAUUCAAGUGUCUGCCCAUGAAAGUAGAACAAGUCUGUCAGUCUUGAGAAAUAAGGUGAGGAAACAUGCAUUGUCCAAGGCUCACGCUCAGGCUGUGAAGGUGGCAGAGGAACAGAAAGAAGCUGCCAUUGAGAAUGCAAUGGAGACCAUGACUGAGUCCUACAUGAAAAAAGAAGAAAAUUGAGUAUACCCACUUCUCCAUGGACCACUACACCACUGGUCCUCUCCCACUUGCCGAACCACAGUGUGAAUGGUAUCUUCCCAGUGAUUCCUCAAUUUUCCUGGUCCACCACGAGGAGUCAUGUUCCACACUAACACAUGACGGGUGCAACACUGAGCUCCUCACCUUGGCAUCAUAUGUCCUUUUGUUCCUCUGAGCAGACUUGUUUGCAUUCUGUCUGGCAAUAGCAUAUUCUUCUUGCAUUCCUUGCCACUACCUCCUUCGGUAGGUAAGUUAAACAAUAUGUCAAUAGGAAGUCUUGGAGAGCGACCGUACAAUAAAUAGGGAAAGCCCUGUCACCUCUGUAAGUGUACAGUUAUAAGCAAAUAUGAGCUUAUUCAGAGACCAGUUAUACAAGCUUUAUUUAUUCCACAUACAUA